GAAGAUCCUCCGAUCAUUUCGUCCCAAACUUGGGACUCCUUAUCCAUCCUGACAUCACCGGCGGCGAAACAGGGUCCACCAACGGACUGGCUUCUACCCACACCGGUAGCGAGUACUUCCACGAGCCCCACUGUACGGAGACCAGCGAUGGCAUUCCUUGGGCGCUUCGAACUCUGAGACGAACCCAUCCCAGAUCAGACGACGUCUCAUCCGCCUCCACAAAUCCACCGCAGCGAUUACCAACAUCACGAUCACCAAACGCUUUCCGAACCACAAGGUGUCCACCAUUCCAAGUGUAAAUCACGGCCCUCUGCAUCACGCUUUGACGAACGUUCAUGGGCUAAGUUUGGCAUUUCAUGGGAGGUAUAGAGGACACUGAACCACCUUUGAAACGUGUGAGAGUUCCUCCAGGAGAUUUGGAGAAAUCUUUUGACAACUCAUCUUAUCUAGAGCCGGUAUCUGGCUCUUUGGGAGACGCUAUGGCUAGGCCGUUAUUCUCCCAAGGAGAUGGAGAAAGGAUUGGUUCAAAAGGAGUUUUCAAGAAGCAUGAAUUUGUGAAAAUUAUAACUAGGGCAUUAUACUCUCUUGGAUAUGAUAGGACUGGGGCUCUUCUGCAGGAAGAAUCUGGGAUACAGUUGCACCCAUCAGCAUUAAGUUUGUUUAUGCAGCAAGUGCUGGAUGGAAAGUGGGAUGAAAGUUUGGCCACAUUGCGCACUAUUGAGCUGGCUGAUGAAUCCAUUGUGAAAUCAACAUCUUUCUUGAUAUUGGAACAGAAGUUUGUAGAGCUUUUAAAAGUGGGAGAAUACAUGGAUGCUCUGCAUACUCUUAGGAAUGAGAUUGUGCCCCUUUCCAUCAAUACAGGCCGAGUUCAUGAACUUGCUACUUGCAUUAUCUUACCUUCUCAGUCUGUUGUACUUGGGCUUUCCAGUCAAGAUAAUGUUGGUGCAGACUCAAGGUCAAGAUUUCUUGAGAAAUUGCUGAAGUUGCUUCCUGCAGCUGUUAUGAUUCCUGAAAGAAGGUUGGAACAUCUAGUUGAGCAGGCUCUUGAAAUGCAGCAAUUUAAUUGUGUGUUUCACAACACAUUGGACAAUGAACUGUCUUUGUUGUCAGAUCAUCAGUGCGGAAGAAACCUGAUUCCUUCUCGAACAUUACAGGUAUUGCAUGCACAUGAGGAUGAAGUAUGGUUUUUGCAAUUCUCUCAUAAUGGAAAAUAUUUGGCAUCAUCAUCCAAAGAUCGAUCAGCCAUUAUAUGGGAGGUCAAAGAUAAUGGUCAAGUGGUACUGAAGAACACAUUAACUGGUCACCAGAAACCAGUGUCGGCUGUCUCAUGGAGCCCUGAUGAUUGUCAGCUCCUUACAUGUGGACUGGAGGAGGUUAUCAAACGCUGGGAUGUUAAUUCUGGUGAAUGUCUGUAUGUUUAUGAAAGACCUGGUGUUGGCCUGGUAUCCUGUGGAUGGUUUCCGGAUGGUAAAGGGAUAGUUUCUGGCAUGACGGACAAGAGCAUUUGCUUGUGGGACUUGGAGGGAAGAGAGCUGGAAUGUUGGAAAGGGCAGCGGACGCUCAAUAUAUCAGACAUGGCCAUAACUGAUGAUGGGAAGAGGAUCAUAAGCAUUUGUAGAGAGACUGCAAUCUUGUUGCUUGACAGGGAAGCAAAAUUUGAGAGACUAAUUGAAGAGCAGGAGGUAAUUACUUCAUUUUCAUUGUCAAAGGACAACAAGUUCUUAUUGGUUAAUCUUAUGAACCAAGAAAUUCAUCUUUGGAGCAUAGAGGAUGAUGUAGAGGUUGUUUCCAAGUAUAAAGGUCAGAAACGUACUCGAUUCGUCAUCAGAUCUUGUUUUGGUGGAUUUGAGCAAGCGUUUAUUGCCAGUGGGAGUGAAGAUUCACAGGUAUAUAUAUGGCAUAGAGGCUCUGGGGAACUCAUUUCAACACUGCCAGGGCAUUCUGGAGCUGUUAAUUGUGUCAGCUGGAAUCCAAGAAAUCUUCACAUGCUGGCUUCUGCCGGUGAUGAUCAUACAAUUCGAAUAUGGGGUCUAGAUGAUCUCCAGUGUUUAGGAGGUACUCACAGCAAUGGCAAUGGCAAUGGCAUUGUUCACCAGUCCAAUGGAAGAACUUGAGAUGAUUAUUAAGAGUUGAAAAGUUCCCUUGCAUUCAUGAUAGAUGGAAGUUUUCUUUGUAGCUUAUCUUCAUCCACAUUUUGUAUAAAUCUCCCUCUCAUUGGCUUUUCUUUUCUGAAGCAUGCAAAAACUCUCUAUUAUGUAGGACCGCUAUCUGCCAAUAAUCUCUGCAACUUAAUGGCCAUUUUUUUACAAUAUUUAUUUCCUUUAUUUGAAUUGGUUAUACUAGUGGUUACGAGUUUUACCUUAUAAUUUUGUGUUCUGUUCUUUGAUUUCUUCGUUGGGAAAUACAAAUGGGUACAUUUCUGA